GCGGCCCUGCGCAGCGGUGGAGCGGGACGGGCAGCCCCCGGGGGCGGCCGCCGCCGCCAUGGCCGCCGUGUGGCAGCAGGUGCUGGCGGUGGACGCGCGGUACGCGGCCUACCGCAGCCCGCGCUGCCCGCAGUUCCGCACGCAGUACGUGCGGCGCCGGAGCCAGCUGCUGCGGGAGCGCGCGCAGGGCGGAGCGCUGGAGGGCGGCACCCGGCGGUGGUACCUGCGGCUGCGGGCCCGGCUCCUGGCCCAGCGCUACGGGGCGCUGUCCGAGGCCGGCAGCUGCAGGGCGCACAGCGGCAGCGCGCUGAGGGCGAGCAGAACCACGCUGGACCGUAUGGAGGACUUCGAGGAGGACCCACGUGCACCCCGUGGCCAUAGGAGGUCCUUGAGCCGUGGUUCCCACCCUGGAGCCCCCCGGGGAAGCACUGAUGAACGCCCCCCAGGCGUCGUGCCCACACCACUGGCGGAGGCGAGCCGCGCCAUGGCCGGGGACACAACGCUGAGUGAGAACUACGCCUUCGCCGGCGUCUACCACGUCUUCGACCAGCACACGGACAGCGCCGUGCCCAAGGUGCAGUUUGCCCACGAUGACCGCCACCUGCUGGCCUGCUGCUCUCUGGACGGCACCAUCUCGGUGUGCCGGCUGGCGCCGGGGCCGCCGGCAGUGCUGCGGGUGCUGCGGGGCCACGACGGCGGCGUGGCGGACUUUGCCUGGUCGCUUUCCAACGACGUCCUCGUGUCGGCCUCGCUGGACGGGACGCUGCGCCUCUGGGCGCCCAACGACGGCCGCUGCAUCCGCCGGGUGCCCGACCCCGACGGUGCCGCGCUGCUCUGCUGCGCCUUCCAGCCGCUCAACAACAACCUCACCGUGGUGGGCAGUGCCCGGCACAUGGUGCGGGUGGUGAACAUCUCCACGGGAAAAGCAGCCCGCGGCGGCGCAGGGCGGCUGCCGGGCCGGGUGCUGGCGCUGUGCUUCGAUGCCCCCGGCCGCGUGCUCUGGGCUGGUGACGACCGCGGCUCCAUCUCGUCCUUCCUCUGCGACCCCGGCACCGGGCGCCUGACCAAAGCUUCCCGCGUGGUGGUGCAGGCGGGCGGAUCCAUCACCUCGCUGUCAGCGCGCGCCUGGGCCAGCCGCGAGGCGCCCGAUCCCUCCCUCCUGGUCAACGCCUGCCCUGACCGCCUGCUGCUCUUCCGUGUGGUGGAGGAGGAAGGCUCAGGAGCACCGGGGCUGCGCCUACGCCGCAGCUUCCCCACGCGGCACCGGGAGCAACCGCUGCGCAGCUGCUUCUGCCCACUGAUGUCCUUCCGCCAGGGCGCCUGCGUGGUGACGGGCAGCGAAGAUGCCUGCGUGCACUUCUUUGAUGUGGGCCGCUCGGCCCGUGCCACGGUCAACACCCUGCAGGGCCACGGCCACGCCGUGCUGGCCGUCGCUUUUAACUGCGACGAGAGCCUGCUGGCCUCCAGCGACGCUGCCGGAACUGUCAUCGUCUGGCGCCGCCAGCACGCGUGACGUGACCCCCCCUCUCUGUCCCCCUCUCCCAUGGUAUGGCACAGACCCCCUGCUGCGUUCAACACGUGUGUUUGCAACUCCC